UCUCUCUCUGCUUGUCUCGUUGUCAGGCUAAUUGAUGGAAAGUCCAAAGAGAAGAUAAGAAAGUUUGAGAAGAAGAAGCUUUCACCAGCUGGACAUCCUCUAAAGAUUUGGACACUGCUUGCGAGCUUGUUUAUUAAAAAGACAUGCAACACAGGCCCGUGUGUGCAGGCUGCCACAGGCCCAUCACAGACAGGUUCCUGCUCCAGGUCACCACCGACGGCCUCUGGCACGAAGCGUGUGUACGCUGCGUGGCAUGCGGAGACGCGCUGCGGCACUCGUGCUUUGUGCGGGAGCAGCAACUGUACUGCAAGAGGGACUAUGCUGAGCUGUUUGCGGUGCGUUGCGGUGGCUGUACGGAUGCCAUCUCCCCUACAGAGCUGGUGAUGCGUGCCGGGGCUGCCGUCUUCCACGUACAUUGCUUUGCCUGCGAUGUGUGCUCCGCCCCGCUCAGGACCGGAGACCACUGCGUCCUCAGGGGAGGCCGGCCAGUGUGCGCCAGGGACGACUACCACCGUUGUGGGGCCAGCUCCACGUCAUCCGACACUGGUAAAAGUGAUGAUGACGACGUUGAGGACGAAGAGGAAAAGUCUGGGAGGAUUAUGGGAAGACAGAUUAGAUUGGAGGAGCGGGAAAGCAAACGUCCCAAAAGACCUCGCACUAUUUUGACCACCCAACAAAGACGCGUCUUCAAAGCCUCAUUUGAGGUCUCAUCCAAGCCUUGUCGUAAGGUCCGGGAGACCUUGGCAGGAGAGACUGGCCUUAGUGUCCGGGUCGUGCAGGUCUGGUUCCAGAACCAAAGAGCCAAGAUGAAGAAACUAGCCAGGAGACAACAACAACAACAGGAACAGGAACAAGAACAGCAGCAGGGAGAGCCACCGCAUGACAAAGCGCCUUCCAGUGGUUGCCUUACCUCUCAGAUGGAGCACCUGGGGUCCUCCAACUCCCACGUCCAGCCGCAGCAGCAGAUGGGACCCACAACAGUGGAGCAGCAGGACUAUGACACGGACCCCUUCAGACAGGGCCUGACCCCCCCUCAGAUGCCAGGAGAUCACAUGCACCCCUACGGUUUUAAUGAGGAGCUUUACGGUGAUGUUGCCGAGGGCUACUGUUUAUCUCUGGGCAACCCCUGUCUCCUCACGCCCAUGGACCGCCUCUACUCCAUGCAGGACGCUUACUUUGCCUCUUGAGAGACUGAAUCACUUGUUUGUUAAUUAAGGAUAACAGAUGAGGUGUCACUACACUGUGAUGCACACGCAAUAGUGUCGUUCAUCUAUUUACAAACGAACCAUGACACUUUUCCUCUCACUGUACUUGAAUGCCACACAAUGAGAUUACAAUGGAUGUUACGUGUAAAUACUGUAGCUGUUUGAAUGGUUAUUUAUUCUUCUUGCAGUGUGUGUUCACUUUGGUUGGAUGAUAGCAAUAAAAAAUGGCAAUGCUUCCCAAAAAAUCUUUUUAUACUUAUUUUCUUCUUGCGCUUAUAUGACA